AUGUUCAUCCUUAGCGAGUGCUUCCCUCGUUCUUGUUCAGCUUUUGCGCAGCCCUUCUCCUUUACUGCGCCAUUAUUCAACUUCAAUUCAACUCCCUUUCUUUCUUCGGACAACAAGCACAAUACCACGCCUCAGCAUAGCGCUGAUGGAUGGUUCAGCCAUGACGAACAGCCUGAGCCGUCAACGGGUCCCUCCAAAUUCAUCUACGGCGAGAAGGGCCAAAACAUCCUCUCAAUCGACAAUCCGCUCACAGCGUCGGCAUCAAACACGCUCUAUACUGGGAGUGUUUACAACAAAACGAAUAAAAAGACCACACACCCAGUGGUAGUCAAGCAUUCGCCGUACAAGGAGAUGAUCGAAGGCUUCAAGCUUCUUGAGAACGUCCAUUCUCCUUAUGUUGUCAAAAGCAUCGGCUACUUCAAAGUCUCUGCAUCCAAGACUCGCUCCGGCCAAGACGAGUACUUCUUGAUCAUGCCGUACCUUGAUCAAACUCUGGAUGAAUACAUGUACUGUGCAGGUGAUAUAAAGAGUCUAUAUCUAGUAUUUGAACAGUUACUUGACGCCAUCGUCGCCAUGCAUUCGCACGGCAUUGCACACCAUGAUAUCAAUCCCAGGAACGCCAUGGUCCAGAACGAAGAAGCGAAAUGGAUUGAUUUCGAUCACGCCACUAAGAUUCAGAAGUCUUCCAACCGUCACAACUGCAUGGGGUUCGCAGCCCAAGACUAUAUCGACGCACCGCCCCUCAAAACCCCAUACUCCCCCCACAAAGCCGACAUCUUCUCCAUGGGAAUGAUGCUCGUCUACACACUGAUUCUCCAAAACGAGUCCGCUACACUGGAUGUCUGGGAGAACACGCAGAAUUGCAACACGCGGCAAGAGGUCGCGGACGUACUGGGGUGCUUGGAGGGGUUUUGGAAUACGAGUGAGGAAAUGAUCAAGCUUCUGUCCCAGGUGCUCUGCAAAGACGCGAGAAGUCGUUUGUCGGCCAGAGUGUUUUUAUCGAGGUUUCAGGCUACACCGGAAUAUCGGCAGAUCGUGGGAUCUGACUAG